UUCCUUGCUAAUAGGUUCUUUUUUACGACAAAAAGGUUUCUCGUAAAACAAAAACUUUUAGCGAGGAAGCCUUAAAUUUGUUGCUAUUGAAAUUGACGGGUUUUGCACAUUUUUCUGCCAAACUAAUAAUAAGUAAACUAUUAUUUCCUCGCUAAUUGAUUCUUUUGAUGAGGAAAUGGUUCCUCGUAGAUUAUAGAUCUUCAGUGAGGAAAUCAUACUUUUAUCGCUAUUACAUUUGGCGGGUUUUCCUCUAUUUUUCACCAAAAUAACAGCGAUGAAAUGAUUAUUUCCUUGUUAAAUGUGCAUUUCACGAUGAAAAAGUUCACCAAAAUCUCAUAUUUCCUCGCCAAUAAAAUAACUAGUUAGGAGACCAAAUCAUGAUCAUGUUUAGUGAGGAACUAAAAUUUUCAUCGUAGAAGGUGGUCUACUGUGAGGAAAAUAUAUUCCUCGUUGAAGACCUACUGAUAUUUACCGAGGAAAUAAUUUUUUCCUUGUCGAAAGUGAUAUUUGUUGAGGAAAAUAACUUUCUAGUAAAAAAGUUGGUCGCUAAAAGACCUGUCUGUUGUAGUGACAUGCUAAAGUUGAGGCAGAGAAAGAAGAAGGGAAAGAAGAGGAGGGAGGCAAAGAAGGUGAUCAAACCCAGGCCAUGGGCAGUGAACUGGAGGAGUCGGACAAUUUUUGAGGUUGAAGAUCAUACUAUAUGCAGAUAUGAUAUGCUACAUCUUUUACGUGGUGGAAGAUUAAAGGAUGAUGUUAGUUUUUGUUAUUGUUGCGGAGUUAAUCAAGUUUUGCACAAUUACAAUAACUUGUUACAUUUGCAAUCAUUAGAUUGUUGAAGCUUUGGUCGCAAGACUUCAAACAUGGCUCAAGCUGCCAGAAAAUGACCAUGUCGAAAGAAAAUACGCUAUUGUCAUGUUGUAUUUUAGUAUUUGGUUGCUAACUGCUUCAAAUUUGGAUGAGCGCAAUGUCUAUGAAAAUUACAUAAAGAAGCAUAUAGAUGAAGGGAAGGAUGUGUUGAUAAUUCCAAUAUGUCACGUUGAUCAUUGGCAUGUCCUUGAGGUCAACUUGGGGCAAAAAAAAUGCAGACAUUACAGCUCCGCUGACCACGAGGCAUGGGCUAGAGACGUGUUGACCAUCCAACUUUUUUUAGAUAGGAUGGUGAGUGGUUACGAUCAUGUGUCGACAUUCAGAGCAUUCGAAUAUGAAGCAGUCCCUUGUCGAACGCAAAAAGGCUCAUAUGAUUGUGGCAUACAUGCGUAUUUUUUUAUUAAGGAGAUCCUCGAGGGCACGGAGAUAAUAAACAUUGAAGCCUUGUACAGGGAGUCGCAUAUGCUACGGGCUGGACUUGCUGCUCAAAUCAUAUGUGAAGGGCGUGAAUGGAAAAAGCUACGGUUGAAAUUAGACAGUGAUGAUCCAGAAUAUCUAUUGUACUUCGGGGGUAGUGAUGUACCUAUGAUUGAGUGGAAGUAUUAGACUCUAGAUGUAAUUGUUUCAUUUGUUGGAUGUCCUAUGAUGGAUGUUGGUUGUUUAACUGCUGUUUGUAAAUGAUAACCAGUUUACUAACAUAGAUGGUAUUUCCUGAUGA